UCAAAAUUUAGGAUUAUUGGACAAGCUUGCCCACUUCACUUGCAACGAAACAAACACGAAACGAAGGGACAGAAGUUUGUUUUGUGUAAAGUCGAUUGCUACUUGCGACUGGGCAGCAAAAACAAAGGCAGUUACCAAGGGCACUAUAAGACAAAAAUAAAAUGUUAUCCAGAAUUGCUGCUCUCUCCAGACAAGGUGCUGUAGUACAGAAUGUGCUUAAGCCAUCAGUACUGUUAGCGAAUCGGAGACAGUUUUCUGUAUCAAACUCUGAUGAAAAUAAAUAUGCUUGGCAUAAAACUGCAUGGCCAGCAUGGCAGAUGUAUAAAGAUUUGGCAGGAUCAUCAGGUGCUACAAUGUUUUCAAUUGGUUUGGCUUCGUACCUGAUCUCGAAAGAAAUUUUUAUUAUUAAUGAUGAAGUUUUGUUACUGUUUGUCAUGGGUGGUACUGGAUAUCAAUUAGCCAAAGCUGUUGGGCCAUCCAUUGGGAAAAUGUUAGAUGAGAGAAGGGACACCAUCUUGGAAAAUUUGAACAAGGGCAAAGAGAUGCACAUCAAGGCCUUUGAAGAUGAGAUUGCUGCUGAAAGAGAAGGAGAAGCUGCUAUUGAGAAUAGAAAGGAGUUUUUUGAUAUUGUCAAGGCGAAUAAUGAAAUGAGGCUCGAAGUGGAAUAUAGAAGUCGUUUACAUGAAGUUGAAUCUGAGGUUAAAAAAAGAUUAGAUUACCAAGUCGAUUUGCAGAAUUUGGAAAGGAGUAUCGAGGAAGAACAUAUUUCGUCAUGGGUAGAGAAACAAGUCAUUGGAAGUAUUACGGCAAAACAAGAAAGUGAUGCUCUUGCCCAGUGCAUUAAAGAUCUAAAUGCAUUAGCUGAUGCUCGAGCUACUGCAUAACGUUACCAAAAUGUUGUAUAUUGUGUUAUGUAAUUGAGAUCAUGGAAUUUUCCAAA